GUGACGAUCAUAUCUUUUCUCGACACAAAAUAACGCAGACGGAAGCGACAUUUCUGGUCCUGUCUAAUUAAAGAAUCCUGGGAAGAGGAAACAAAACUAACAUUCUGCUAAGAUGAUCCACAGCCUCUUCCUGGUGAACGCGUCGGGGGACAUCUUUCUGGAGAAGCACUGGAAGAGCGUGGUCAGCAGGUCCGUCUGCGAUUAUUUUUUCGAGGCAGUGGAGCGCGCCACGGAACCGGAGAACGUCCCUCCGGUGAUCCCGACCCCGCACCACUGCCUCAUUAACGUGCUCCGCCAGCGCGUCUACUUCGUGGCCGUGAUUCAGAGCGAGGUGCCGCCGCUGUUUGUCAUCGAGUUCCUGCAUCGUGUGGUGGACACGUUUCAGGACUAUUUCGGGGUUUGCACCGAGGCAGCAGUUAAAGACAAUGUUGUGGUGGUGUACGAGCUGCUGGAGGAGAUGCUGGAUAACGGCUUCCCGCUGGCCACCGAAUCAAACAUCCUAAAAGAGCUCAUUAAACCUCCUACCAUCCUGCGCACGGUGGUCAACACCAUCACAGGAAGCACUAAUGUUGGCGAGCAGCUUCCUACAGGUCAGCUGUCGGUGGUUCCGUGGCGGCGCACGGGUGUCAAAUAUACCAACAACGAAGCUUACUUUGACGUGGUGGAAGAAAUCGAUGCUAUCAUUGACAAAUCGGGUUCCACUAUCACAGCAGAGAUUCAGGGAGUGAUAGACGCCUGUGUGAAACUCACAGGAAUGCCUGAUCUCACCUUGUCAUUUAUGAACCCUCGACUGCUGGAUGAUGUCAGCUUCCACCCCUGCGUCCGGUUCAAGCGCUGGGAGGCCGAGCGAAUCCUGUCCUUCGUCCCUCCAGACGGAAACUUCCGCCUCCUGUCCUACCACGUCAGCUCUCAGAACCUGGUGGCCAUCCCGGUGUACGUGAAGCACAACAUCAGCUUCAGAGAGGGCAGUUCUCAGGGGCGCUUUGAGCUCACCCUCGGCCCGAAGCAGACGAUGGGUAAAGCGGUGGAAUCAGUCCUGGUGAGCAGUCAGCUGCCCCGCGGCGUCCUCAACGCCAACCUCAGCCCCUCGCAGGGCACCUACACGUUUGACCCCGUCACCAAGCUUUUGUCUUGGGAUGUGGGUAAGAUAAACCCCCAGAAACUGCCCAGUUUAAAAGGAUCCAUGAGUCUCCAGACCGGAGCCUCCAAACCUGAUGAAAACCCGACAAUCAACCUCCAGUUCAAGAUUCAGCAGCUGGCCGUCUCAGGUCUGAAAGUCAAUAGGUUGGACAUGUAUGGCGAGAAGUACAAACCUUUCAAAGGCAUCAAAUACAUGACCAAGGCCGGCAAAUUUCAAGUCCGAACCUAGACGACCUCUUCUUGCAUUCGGCGAAACGGGGACGAAGAAAAGAGAGGGAACAAGUUUGAGUAACUACAUCUCCUUUGAAAUGCAUUUCAGGAAAAUGUACCAUAAGACGGUCCGUCGUUCGUGACUUCCAGAGAGAUUCUGUUGUUGUUAACACUAUCAAAAUCUGCUUCUACAGGUCCACCCGAGUUAAAGGGACCGUAACUACAUACUACAGUUUUAUUGCGUUCUUUUUAUUUGCAGCUUCUCGUGGCUACGGUUGCUCUCAGACCUCCGUCUCCUCACUCCUUGCGUGAUUUCUUAUUGUCCGUUGUAUAACUCUCUCCUUCACAUUUCUUCCUGAGAUUGAACUGCACUGUAAUGCAUUGAUCUGUGCUCUUCUCUGGGAAGCGAGGCGAUCGGUGGCUCAUUUCUGCAUUGCAGGACAAUAAUCUUACAUUAGUUACAGACAAUCCCAAUGAUUGUGUGCAAAGUAAAGCAUUUUUCAAAUGGUCAAACACUGAACUUUUAUCUUUGUUUACUGUAGUAUUAUCGCAGUAUACAUCUUUUGUUUGAAUUGUUAUUGAAAUGUGUUUCUUAUGCUAUUUAUUGCCUGUCUGACCAGAACCAAACGAUUUGAAGCAUAACUGACCAUAACAAUCCAUAAUAACCCUACACGUGAUGCUUGAUCGUUCAGUGUCUCUUGUUUUUAUGAUGGACUUGAUACACGGCACUUGCAGGUUUAGAGAUUUGACUAUGAUUAUGGAUACUGAUCGAAAUAUACACUGAGUGGGAUAUAUGUGAAUGUGUGUUUUUAGCUUCUAUUGAUGUGGUUUUCUUUCCUCCAUACUGUUUUUCAGAUAAAUACAACCGUUCACAGUGCUAUGAUGAUGAUAAUAAUAAUAAAAAAUCCACAAGAUGC